AUGGACAGGAAAAAAGACACAGCCAAGCCUGUUUUCUUGGUGAUGGGCCUCAGUGUCGGCGGAAAACCCCUUGACCCCAUUGACGCACUCAGUUGGGAUUCCAAGAAGAUUGUUGAAUGGAUCGAGUCCGUUGUUGACAGAGCAAACAAACAAAUUUCGCCAAAGGUCCCUAAAGAUGGUGGCACUACCAAGCCAACAGAUCCGCCAGUCGAGGAUCCUCCAGGUCCAAGUGAUCCAGUUUUCCCGGCGGUGAAGCUUGAUAGCGGGCAGAUCACCAUGAUCAACAAGAUGGCCGAGUACAUUUAUGAUCUCAUGUUAGCAGGCAAACUUUACUUGGGCACAGAAGUCAGCUUGGGUCCGGCCCAUCACUUCUCACGUGUCCUCCGACGCGGUGGGAAAAAGGCCUUUAACGCAAAGGAAGAGGUAUGGGUAGGCCUCAAGUUUCGCAACUUGUACGAUGUUCUCGGCGUGUUUCUCAUGGUCGUCGGUAUCAUUCAGUCAACUUCUACCAAGGCCAACUUCUUCGUUCCCUUGACUGCCAUGUACGCCAAGUGGUGCUCAAAGCUAGGUGGUCACGCCGAUGACGUGAAACCCGACAAAACUGCUACAGAGCGUCCUGGGCCGUGGCCGACUGUCUAUCAGUGCACAUGGCUCGCUCCUAAAACUGCAAGAACCCAGGGUGGCUUCAAGUUCGAAUUCUGUCUAGGAACUUCGUUUGGAGGCUGUGACUUUGAUAGAGAUGUACCUGGUGUUGAUCUGGACUGGCGUUGGAGGCUCCGGAGUGAACGCGUGGACAUGCUCCGAGAGGCUGGUGCAUUUGAUGCAAAAAAAUACAACAAAGCCGGUAAGCUGGUGGACCCAGAACCAGUUGGCAAUACAGGCUGGGGCAACUGCGGUGAAGCGUAUCCUUUUGCGACCAUGUUCAGGUAA